GCUCGGCUGGCCACGACCGGUCGACCCGUGACUGGAGCUGUGUUGGAUGGAGCAUCUCGGCCCAUGUCGGCGGUCAGAGCGGCAGGUUUCACCUCUUCGCGAACACGUGGCUAUGCGAGAGAGCAUCUGCAGAUUUGACUAUAAUGACGAUAUAAUAAUUAUUUGGUAUGUAUGAACAAAACACUUUAAUGACCAGACAGACUUUUCUGAAUUGUUAUUGCUGUCAUGGGACAAAGGGUUAUUGCUGCUUUUGUGCUCCUUUGACGUUGAUAUGUCUCUUAUGGUUUGUGUGGAUUACUUGUAUUGUUCCCAACAUCUGCUGAAGUUUUCACGUCAAUAGCAUCUUUGGAAACAUAUUUAAUGAGAAAAUGGUGAUGUUGCUGUUAAAUACUUAUUUCAGCUGCGGUAUUUGUCUGGUCUUUACAUGGGGAAACUGUAAAAAUUGAAGAAUUUCUGAAGGGGGUGAAUUCUCUUUCACGGCACUGUAACAGCGAUGCUCCCCCAGGGCUAAGGCUCAUCUUUUGACCCUCUGGGACAGUCCAGAGGCCCUGCCCCAGCACUGGAGGAAAAGAAAGAGGAUUUGCCUGAAGAGAAGAUCAAACUCUUGGAGAAGAAAGUGAAUGACUUAAUCACUGAGAGCUGCAUGGCACAAAGCUUGGGCAACUCGCAACUGGCUCUUGAGAAGGCGAAAGAGGCUGAGAGGAAGGAGAGAAUGUUAGUGAGACAGAGAGAGCAGUACGGCAAUGCAGAACAAAUCAACAUAGAUCUCACCUACGCUGUUCUGCUCAACCUGGCUAAUCAGUAUGAAAACAAUGAGAUGUACCCAGAGGCCCUGAGCAGCUACCAACUCAUCGUCAAGAACAAGAUGUUCACCAAUGCAGGACGUCUGAAGGUGAACAUGGCCAACAUCUGGGUGAAGCAGAAGAACUUCCCCAAAGCCAUCAAGUUGUACCGCAUGGCGCUGGACCACAUCUCUGACGACUACAAGGAGAUGAGGAUCAAGAUCAUGCAGAACAUCGGCACGGUCUUCGUGCUGCUGGGCCAGUACUCGGAUGCCAUCGCGUCCUUUGAGCACAUCAUGAGCAAGAGCCCCAACAUCAGGACCGGCUACAACCUGGUCCUCUGCUACUAUGCCGUCCGGGACGCCGACGGGAUGAAGAACGCCUUCCACAAACUCCUCGCCGUGCCGCUCGACAUGCAGAACGAAGACAAGUACAUCGCCGCCAACGACGACAUCAGAUCCAACAUGCUGAUUGAGGCCAUCAAGAAUGACAAGCUGCACCAAAUGGAGCGAGACUUGAAAGCUCGUGCUGAAAAGUACGUGAUGACGGCCGCCAAGCUCAUCGCCCCGGCCAUCGAGUCUUCUUUUGCCUCCGGAUUUGACUGGUGCGUGGAUAUGGUCAAGAGCUCUCAGUUCGUGGAGCUGGCCAAUGACUUGGAGAUAAACAAAGCCAUCACCUACCUCAGACAAAAGGACUUCAACCAGGCAGUGACCAUAUUGAAAACCUUUGAGAAGAAGGAAAGCAGAGUCAAAAGUGCCGCCUCCACCAACCUCUCCGCCCUCUUCUUCCUGGAGAAGGACUACGAGCAGGCCGAGCGAUAUGCCGACCUGGCCAUGAUUGCUGACCGCUACAACCCGGGCGCUCUGGUCAACAAAGGCAACACGGAGUUCGUUAAGGAGGACUACGCCAAGGCAGUCGAGUUCUUCAAGGAAGCACUGAGAAACGACUCCUCUUGCACCGAAGCCCUCAGGAACCUGGGUCUAACAUACAAGAAGCUGAAUCGUCUGGAGGACGCACUGGACUGCUUCUUGAAGCUCCACGCCAUCCUGAGGGACAGCGCCGAGGUCAUGUACCAGCUGGCAGACACCUACGAACUCAUGGAGGACCCUCAUCAGGCGGUGGAGUGGCUGAUGCAGGUCAUCAGCGUGGUCCCCAAUGACCCCAAAGCUCUGGCCAAGCUGGGAGAUCUGCACGACUUGGAGGGGGACAAGUCGCAGGCUUUGCAUUACUACUGCGAGUCCUUUAGGCUCUUUCCCUGCAACAUGGAGGUGAUCGAGUGGUUGGCCGCCUACUACGUGCAGACGCAGCUCUACGAGAAGGCCAUUCACUACUUUGACAGGGCCAUACUUGUGCAACCGACUGAGGUGAGGUGGCAACUCAUGGUCGCCAGCUGUUAUAGGAGAAGUGGAAACUACCAGAAAGCUUGGGACACAUACAAAGAAAUCCACCGCAAGUUCCCUGAAAAUGUGGAAUGUCUCCGCUUCCUGGUGAGGCUGAGCCAGGACAUGGGCCUGCAGGAGGUCCAGGACUACACGAGCAAGCUGAAGAAAGUGGAGAAGAUGAAGGAGCUCAGAGAACAGAGGGUGAGGUCGGCACGAGAGGGCAGUGCCCGAGGUCGAAGAGAGGGCAGCGCAGGGAGUGCUGACAGCAGCAACGGCAACAAAGGCGAGCGUCUGGGCGUCCAAGUGAUGUCACUUCCUGCUUUCAGUGAACCGUACGAAAGCAGCAGUCCAAAAGAACUCGACGCCUCCUACGUGGACCCGCUCGGGCCCCUGACGGAGCGCCCCAAGACGGGGGCCAAGGCGCGGGUGGACGAUGACGACUUUGCGGACGAAGACCUCGGAGAUGAGCUGCUGCCCGAGUAGCUGCGUGGCACGUUUGGCGAACAAACACGAGCCGCCGGUUUGCACACACAAAGUCAGCGAUGCCGGUUUCAAAAGUUUUGUUGGUGCUUCGUUGGCAGCUUUAUUUUUGUAUUUGUGUCCAGGGUCCCCUAUUAUUCUAUAUUUAACGUAGAAAGUAUUUUGUUUAAAGAGGGACAUAUUAGCUGUAAUAUUGCUGCACAAAAAGUAAAUGCCAU